CAUCCCCCAGCUCUUUCUGACAUCCCUGAGUCCCCAGACCCCGGAGGCUAGAGGGGAGCCCCCGCCCCUCCCCCCUCCCGCGCUCAGCUCAGCGACUGAGCUCCGCUGUCCUCCUCUCCCUUCUCCCGGUCCCUGGUACCCCCUCUUCCUUUCCCCGGAGACCCCAGAGUGCUUGGAUGGGAGCGCCUUGGCCGCUGGAGUCUCCAUGCUCCACUGUUGUUCCCCGGGUCCCCAAUGGCCCGAGAGCGCCAAUGAGGCGGAGCGGGCGGUGGGGGGUGGGGGGGGGAAGCCUGCGGCACCUGCCGCUCCACAGUGGAGCUUAGAAAGGGGGCCGUUGUGGGGAGUCGCACUGCGGCCCCGCAACUGAGCUGUGACAUGCGGAGUCUGAAGCCAGAGGUCCUGAGACGCCCCUUCUGCCCUGAGGUUUCCAAGGCUCGGGUGCCGUGGCUGUAAUUCCGUGGAGCCGAGCUCACCACCGUUACACACUUAAUGCAGACGGACCGACCCCACGUCACCACCGUUGCACACUUAAUGCAGAAGGACCCCAUGCGCCUCCCCUCCCCAGCUCUAAACACUCAGCCUCGGGACAAGGCGGCUGACAGUGCGCAGAGAAGAGAACCUCCCAAGGCAGGAGCUGUGCCUGCCUGCUCUCCUUUUCCUCCUGGCCAUCCGCCGCCGCCAACGCCACCGCCGCCGCCGCCGCCGCCGCCGCCGCCGCAGGUCCUCUCCCUUGCUCUCUGCGCCUCUCCACCUCUCCAGCCCUGCCGUCCACCGCUCUCUCCCGGGAUUGGCCCCUCGCUCGCUCCUUGUAACUGGAGAACCCUGGCAGAUUUGGCUAGCUCGAGGCCUGAGCGGGCGGGACACUCAUUCCACUCCUCCAAAGGGCUGGUUCCCUGGUCUCCGAGGGAAACUCAGCCUGCAAGAGGGCCCCCAGAUGAGGGAGGGGAUGGCAGGCUUAUGGAGGAAACCCGGGCCCGCGAGGAGCUCCCCAUGGAGCAUGGGAGGUGACCCCGCAGAUGCCCAAAGUGGGAGCCACUGAGGGGGGAGGCAGGAGAGAGGAAAAAAGAAAAGCAGGAACCAGGGAAAGAGAGGGAGAAGAGACCCGACCCAGAGGCCCUGAUCUUGGAGAAGGGAAGAGACAAGGAGAUCUAGUGGCCACAGGUAGAGCUUCCCUGGCGCUUGAUUCCACCUGCUGGGGUGGUGCUUCUCACACUCGCUCAGGAAGCUCUUAUGUCUCCUGUGCUCGUUGAGAACAAGGACUGGCAAAAUGCAUCUCCAGUGCCAAGUGCAGAGCCUGGCAUCAGGGAGGCACUCAAGCUGAAGGCAGAGGAUGCUGAUGGGGGGGGGGAGGAGUAGCAGUAGGGACAGUCAUGAAGAGCCAAGUACUCGAGGUGCCCACUGUGCUCCAUCAUUGUGCUGGAGACCCAGGAGUGGCCUAAAGAGAAAAGCCUGGCACAACCAGGGACCAGUACAGGGGAGUUCUGGGCGGCAGAAGGCACAGGCCCACAGGGGAGGUGGCAGUAGCAAGGAAGAGAGGCAGCUGGAGUCUCCUCUGGAGGGGCUGGGGGAGGGGCUGGGCCCUGGAGUGGGGUGGCAGUGACAUGGGGUGGCAGUGACACGGGGUGGCAGUGACACGGGGUACCAGGGCUGUGUUUGAGGAACUACCAUAAUCCUUGGGCUUCAAGCGAAUGGGGAUGGGGAGUCAAAGGUAACCGGCUGCUUCCAGGCCUGGUGUCUGGGAGACGGGUCUUCCCUGGCAAGGGCUGGGGCGUGGUGGACAGAAAGGGCCACUAAAUCUGAUCUGGACUUGGGAUUUGGGUGGCGGCAGGACAAGAGGCGCACUUUAGGAAGCCAGAACUGAGAGGGCAGAGAUGGAGGCGGAGCGGGGUGUGGGGCUCCCUGGGAAUGCUGCACCCUGAGCACUGCCCAGCUGCCUUAGCACUCCCCACGGACGGAAGCUCCCAGACAUUUCGGCCUGGCACUGCAGGCACCUUAGCACAGAAUCCUUGGUGUCCCACCCGUGUACCCCACUAGGUCCACCUGUUCCUAAACAGUACCAGAACCCCGUGGAGGCCUCCUCCUCCAAAACGCAGGACCUCAAAGACCUGGACCAAGUGUGCAAUUCAAGACUCCUGCAACCGUUUGGUUCCUCCAAGACCUGCCUGCUGCCAGCCGCUGCAAGUCCCUCCUGGGGCCUGGGCCUCCCAGUUUCUGUAGCGUAUGGGUCAGUGUGUGUGUUGGUCUUGAUGUGAGUAGGUGUGCACUUGUAUAUGUGUCACUGUGUGUUGGUGUGUACUGUCAGUGUGUCAGCUAUGUGUCUGUGUGUACAACUGUGUGUCAAUGUGUGUGCUGGCCUGUGUUUACUUGUACGUUUGCAUUUAUCAGUGUGUGUGUCCACCAGUGUGUGCAUAUGUGAAUCAGCUUGUGUGUGUGCAUGUUGCUGUGUGUGUCAGUGUGU